AUGGCAGCUAAGCAGCCGUCUUCGAGAUGGUGGUUCUGGACCAAGGUUGUGUUUGGUGGUGCUGUGGUUGCAGUUGGCGGACCGGCUUUUACUAUGUGGUUAACUCCCACUGAGGAAGAACUUCGAUCGAGAUACAACCCCGAGCUGCUCAAGAAAAGUCUGGAGAACCGCGAGGAGAAACAACAAGAGUUUGACGAUUUUGUGACCCGGUUGAAGGCAUAUUCCAAGUCAGACAAGCCAAUUUGGGUUGUGGUAAAGGAGGAAGAGGAGCGAAAGCGAACCGCAGCAGCUGCUGCCGCAAAGGCUUCAAAGAUGGAGACUGUCAGUCGACGAGAAGAGAUGAGGAGAGAGGCGGGCUUGGAUACAAAGUAA